AUGGUCUUUGUAGUUGUAGUUGUAGUUUUAGUUGUUGUAGGUCAAUUUCGAAUCGCUUGCGAGCACGUUUUAAAAAUCGUUAAAAAGGGAAGAGACACCCUGUUGCCACUUUUGGAAGCUUUCGUUUACGAUCCGCUCAUCGAUUGGACACCCGGAAGUGAAACCGGAUACACCGGAGCCGUGUACGGAGGAGGAGAAGCUAUACUUAAAGAAGCUAAACAAAGUAGGAAAGCAUUGGAACGAGAAGUGACAAAAGCCAUGUUUGUCGUACGAGUAACGGAAAUGAAAGCGGAAUGGUUAGAAAAUAGGGAUCAGAUAAUUAACGUCAUACCAAAAGUUGUCAAACAUUUGAAAGAAUAUUUGAAAAAAUGUCAGGAAUUAAAAGAAGCCGAAGAAAAUUUGGCGGAUUCGCAUCAGCAAAUGGCUUUGGUAAAGGAAGCAGAGGCUCAGGGUCACAAACAUCCGCUUUUUCAUUUGGCGUCAAGGUGUUCGGUUUUACUUAGAGCCAAAGGAGCACGCAAUGCCACGAUGAAAUUGCUUAAGGAUAAAAUUGAAGACUAUAACAAGGACAUAAAUAAUUACAUGGCUGCUUUAUCGUACGUGAAAGGAGAAAUGUUGUCGCAUUGGAUCAAACAACUCAGCACCAAAUUGUAUCCUGAUAGUUUUCAAACUUUUGAUUUGGUAAAAGAAUUUCUUCAAACUGCGGGACAAAGCAACAUGGUGACUCAGUGCGAUCAAACGGAAUCAGAAGUGGGACAAUUGGAUAAACAACAGCGACAGAUAACGAGGAAUUGUGUCGACCUUCUAGGAGAAUAUGCUGGACUCAUCGCUCUUUAUCCUAGUUCUUUUGAAAAUCACAGAUCUUUUAAAUAUAAAAUGUGGACGCAACGAUUAAUCGAUAAUAUGAAUGUUGAAGUUUGCAGAAGCGUCAUGUCCGAAUUUCAAAAAACUUACGGAGUCGAACGUCCCAAUUGUCAAGUGACGGCCAAACAAAUCAUGGCAUAUACAUUUUCACUGCAAGGUGCCAUAACCGAAGCGCAAAAUAAAUUAAGUAAAUGUUUGGAAAGAAUGCAAAGCGAAGGAUUACCCGAAGCUCGAGUCAAAUACGAACAAAGUUAUCAGGAAAUAAAAGAAAGAAUCGUCGAAUUUGCUAAGAGUGAUAAAAAAUCAGGGCUCGCUGUUGAAUUGGUGACAUUGACCGGAUUGUGUGCCAUCAAUCGAAGGUUCAUACAAAUGGAAGUCGCUGCCAAAAGUGCGGAAGAGGAAUUGGUCGGGAUGAGGUUGAAAGAGGGACAGGGAUGGCUGGAAGAAAUGUAUGUCGUCAGCGGUUUAAUUAACGAUAUGACUUCUCAAUUGCCGACUCAAUCCGCCGUUACGAACUCUAACGCUGACACCACCGUCGAAUCCGUCAUCGGAUGCCUUAAAAAAGCUCACAAUAUUUUUCACAGUUUGCUGGAGCUAAAUUAUAAUUUUCAUUCUAUUAUUUUACCGGAAGCGUUAAAAUGGAUGCAAACCGAGCACCCUGAUAUGUUGUCGAUGGUAGAAGAACUCGAUGAUAUCGUAAAGGGUUCCGGAGUGACUUUAGACGAAUUGCAAAAACAAUUGAAAUUGCAUUUACGUUGUCUCAUAAUGGGAAUGAAAUCCCCCCACAGUGAUGUUCAGGCUACCGUGUCUCUCCUCAGAAUGAGAUUCGAAAUGCUUUUGCAAAGGCCAUGCACUGAUGCGACCAAAUCUCCGGGACAAAUGCUCCUCAUGGGUUUCAAUGGUCUCUUUGAAAAAUUACAAGUCGAAAGAAGUCAAUUGACUUCGACGCUUUGCGCUUUGUCGACUCCGCCAUCGUGGAAAAAAGUCGAUCAGUUACGAGAAGCUAACAUGCUUACGGCUUUGGUUUUGAACGAAGCUACGAGAAGCGUAACGGAGGAUAUAUUUUUAGUAAAAAGAAUUCAGACGAUGCAAGAAUUUUUCCAAUUGUGUAACCAAGCUGGUAAAGCUUUCAGAGGUGUCGGAGCACCCGUCGUACAUGACGAUGAGAGAUUAAAUAAACCGAUUAGAAGAUUUACGGCGGAAUAUGUGUCUCGCACAAUGCUGGGCGUCACGUCUCAGACACUUGCCAUAUCAUUAUGCUUUUUGUUGGAAAGAUUAGGACUUAAUGUCACCGGAGAAAUUGAAGAUCGAGACGUUAGCUUGGAUGGAAAAAUGCCUUUGGAGGAUUUGUGUCGCAGAGCUAUUGACGUUUCGUUGCAUAAAAAUUUAACAACCAAUCAUGCCGUAUCUCAAGCGUCAUCAUUGUCGAAUGCUUUGCAAGGUGUAUACAGACAAAAAGAAAAGGCGGCUUUGAUUAUGCAAAAUGCCGAUUCGAAAAAUUUUUGUCUAACGAGAUUGCAAGUUCUUUUGACGGCUCACAGUUGGUACCACGAGGACAUAUUGCAGGAAUCGUUCACGACGAAUUUAACGACGUUAAAUCGAUCGUCGUUUAUGACCAAAGUAAGGAAAUCCUCAUCGUCUCUGAUGCUAUUGCAACCGAAAUUGAGAGAGGCAAGAGAGCUUCAAAAAACCCUUAUAGGAAACGUAGAGCAACGUUUGAAAUGGGCAGCGGGAGCAAAUCCGGCGGUUCACGAAGUGAUGGCUGCCUUCGAAUCAUCCGUCAAGCAAUUGGAUAAAAGAUUAGACGAAGAUCAAGCUUUGGCAACCGUCGUGGCGAAUACUUGUGCAUCCAUAUUGAGACACGAAGCUUUGAGAACGAGAACUUCGGAGGCUUUGUCCAACGACGAGGCCAUGCAAAAAAUAAUCGAACAAUGUGAGGAAAGUUGUGCGUGGUUAGCCGGUUGUACGGAAUACGUUUCCCCCGCAGAAGAGAGUUUGUUGCAAUUAAUGACUCCGGAUUAUGCAAACGAUCCCAAACGUUUACAAAAAUUAGAAGCAAAAAUAUCAGAAAAUAUCGAAUCGAUGAAAUCAGGGAUUUCAAUGCUUGGAGAAUCGUUGGUUGCAUCAAAACAAAAUUACGAAUUGAAACUCCAUAAGUUAAAACAAUUAUUAUCAAAUUAUCAUUCCCUGAUGACGGAAGUUAGACAUUUAUUAAAAUCCAUGGCCAGGUACGACGAAUUCAGUUGCUCUGGAUUGCCGCAGUUUUUCGAAAAAUACAGGAGUUUUUCCGAAGAGAUAGGUUCCCUUGGGAAACAACUCUCCGUACCGGAUGUCGAACAUUCAACUUACGAAAUUGAAAAUGCUAUUUCCGUUCUUCAAGGACUCCCCGAAAAAAUAGUUGAAAUUUACGAUGAAUUAAUUGGCUUCGCUAAUGAAAAAAGUUUUAAGGAAAAUGCAAACAACGGAGGAUUGAAUAAAAGGCAAUCUGCUUUGGGUCAAGAAGUUUUACCCAAAAGCACCAAUCGGGAUCCUAGAACGGGAAAAGGUACGUCCGUUCAAGAAAGAAAUGCGUAUGCAAUGAACGUUUGGCGCCGAAUACAAAUGAAACUUGAGGGUAGAGAUCCUGAUCCUGGAAGAAGGUGUACCGUUCACGAGCAGAUUGAUUACAUAAUAAGGGAAGCGACGAGCAUGGACAACUUAGCUUUAUUAUACGAGGGUUGGACGCCUUGGGUUUGA